AACAGCAAGCAAAAUGUUCGCAAAGGUAACAGUGUUCGCAUUACUGGCCGUUGCUGUCCAUGGCAGUGUUCCCGGCGGUGACUAUUCCAGUUUCUCAUAUGGCGUAUCUGAUCCCCAUACUGGCGAUGUCAAGAACCAACAAGAAACCCGUGUGGGCGGCAAUGUUGUAGGCCAAUACUCACUUCUCGAAUCUGAUGGCACCAAACGCAUCGUGGACUACUCUGCUAAUCCCGUCACUGGUUUCAACGCUGUCGUUCGCAAGGAUGGUCUCUCGGUGCAUCCAUCGGGUCCUGUAGGAUAUGCAGCUCCAGUAUACUCCGGUUAUAGUGGUUACGCGUCUCCUUACGCCCAGGGUGCUGUGAGUUACGCCAAUUCGUACAGUAAUGUCGCUCCUCGUGGAUAUGGCGCAUAUGGGUACGGCGCUGGAGCGUACGGUGGUUACGCUAGUGGACUUGGUUAUGGAACCGCCUUGGGUUACGGAGCCGGACUUGGUUAUAAAGCUGGACUCGGUUACGGUGCAGGACUUGGUUAUGGCGCUGGAUUAGGUUACGGCGCCGGAUUGGGUUACGCAGCGGGACUUGGUUACGGCUAUGGCCCAGGUCUCGGAUAUGGCGCACGUUUAGGCUGGUAAACAACAUAACUGAUUGAUGAAAAAAUAACUUUAUAAAUUGGCGUCUCGAUUAUCUAAUCAAAUGUUUUUAUAAUAAUAUUAAUAUGACUUGAAUAUUUCAAUUUAAUGCAAUAAAGUUAUCAAUGCGAUGA